AUGUCAAGCACACCCGUGGCUGUUAUCGCAGGUCUUGGUUCGGGGUCCGUCCCUUCUGACGAGAUCAGCAAUGCCGGCGGGACCGCCGCUUCGUUCCCCAUCACCUCGUACAGUACCACAGAUAUCAACGCUGCCUUUUCCCAAAUCCACUCCCAUUACCAAGGCCAAGCCAUCCAUGUCGCACUCUACAAUGCAGGACACGGCGUCUGGAAGCCAUUCCUCGAUAUCACACCCGAGGACGUCCAAGCUGUGACGCAAACCAAUAUCGAGGGCGCUUUCGCAUUCUCGAAGCACAUUAUUCAGGCAGGGUCAUUGAUCUUCACGGGGGCCACGGCAAGCGUGAGAGGGAAUAACAUCCAUGUAUCGCAUGCAAUUAUCGAUGGCGGCAUCUUGACGAAUCUGGCUCGGCAGCGUCGUAAUGACCAAACGUGGGAGAAGAACGAAGACGUUAGGUUGUCGCCGGACGGAAUUGCAGAG